AUGUUUAACCAAGACGAUGGAGAUGAAGAUUCAAGAUUCAACCUGACAGUUCAUCGAAUGCUGAAAUAUUCAGAUGGGGAAGAAAAUAAUUCUUGCAUUACGGGAUGGUUGAAGAAAGAUAUUUACAUAGCAAAACUCACCAACUCUUCAAAUUUUGCAAGAGUUUUUAAAAGAAAACUUUACAUAGGACUGGUAACAAUUUACAUGCAUUGA